GCCGCGGCCGCCGUGGUGCUGGGAAGAGGAAGCGGGGAACGCGCGGAGGCGGCGGCAGCGGCGGCGGGGUCACGAACUCUGACCUUUCACAGGGGCACAGCAGAAAAACAAAACAAAAGGCCCCCACCCGCCCCCAUCGGCCCCGUAAUACAGACCCGCCCUCCCUUCCCCCGCGGACCCCCUUAACCCCGUCACUGCCACCGCCUUCGCGGGGGGAGGGAGGGCCGCCGCCGGGCACCGCCGCCCGACACCGGCCCGCCUGGGCCCGGGUCAGGGUCACCGCCAGGGCACGUUUGGCGCCAAUUCCUGAGAUUCUCUAAUGAUCUUGCUUCACCAUGGCAACCAAUGUGGAGGUGCUGGCUCAGCAGGUAGUGGAGACACAGCAGGUGGCUGAGGUGCAGACUGUUCAGACUUCAUUAUCUGAAUCUCCAGUGAUGACCAGCCCUUCCCAACGUAUCCAGAUUAUUUCCACAGACUCCUCUGUAGCUUCACCACAGCGCAUUCAGAUUGUAACAGAUCAGCAAACAGGGCAAAAAAUACAAAUAGUGACAGCAGUGGACUCAUCUGUAUCUCCAAAGCAACAGUUUAUUUUAGCCAGUCCAGAUGGAACUGGUGCAGGAAAGGUGAUACUGGCAGCACCUGAGACAUCUAGUGCAAAGCAGCUUAUCUUUACCACCACAGACAACAUUGUUCCAGGCAGAAUUCAGAUAGUGACAGACACUGCUUCAGUGGAACGUUUGCUGGGAAAAGCUGAUGUACAGCGGCCCCAAGUAGUAGAAUAUUGUGUGGUUUGUGGGGAUAAAGCAUCCGGUCGUCACUAUGGUGCUGUCAGUUGUGAGGGAUGCAAAGGCUUCUUUAAAAGGAGUGUAAGGAAGAAUUUGACCUACAGUUGUCGUAGCAACCAGGAUUGUAUCAUCAAUAAACACCAUCGGAAUCGCUGCCAGUUUUGUAGGCUUAAGAAAUGCCUAGAGAUGGGCAUGAAAAUGGAAUCGGUUCAAAGUGAAAGAAAACCUUUUGAUGUGCAGCGCGAAAAACCAACAAACUGUGCAGCUUCCACUGAAAAAAUCUAUAUUAGAAAAGACCUACGAAGUCCUCUAAUAGCAACUCCAACAUUUGUUGCAGAUAAAGAUGGGGCACGGUCAGCAGGUCUUCUUGAUCCAGGAAUGCUUGUGAAUAUUCAGCAGCCUUUGAUCAGAGAUGAUGGUACAGUCCUCCUAGCUGCUGACUCCAAGGCUGAGACAAGCCAAGGUGCUUUAGGAACACUAGCAAAUGUUGUAACAUCUCUUGCUAAUCUCAGUGAGUCACUAAAUAACGGAGAUACUUCUGAAAUUCAACAAGAAGAGCAAUCCACAAGUGAGAUUACACGAGCAUUUGAUACUUUGGCUAAAGCACUGAAUACCACAGAUGGCUCAGCAGCUCAGAACUUGGCAGAUGGGAUGGAUCCUACAGGAGGAGGGAAUAUUCAUGUAAUCAGUAGAGAUCAGUCAACACCAAUUAUUGAAGUGGAAGGACCCCUACUUACAGAUACACAUGUCACAUUUAAGCUGACAAUGCCCAGUCCAAUGCCAGAGUACCUUAAUGUUCACUACAUCUGUGAGUCAGCUUCACGACUACUUUUCCUCUCUAUGCACUGGGCAAGGUCCAUACCUGCAUUUCAAGCACUUGGGCAGGACUGUAAUACAAGCCUUGUGCGCGCCUGCUGGAAUGAGCUGUUUACCUUAGGCCUGGCACAGUGUGCGCAGGUGAUGAGUUUGUCUACCAUCCUAGCAGCUAUUGUCAACCAUCUCCAGAACAGCAUACAGGAAGGAGUUUCUGGACUUCGUUGCACUGACCUCACAGAAAUCUCUCAGUGGGACAGAAGUGUCCACAGAAGAAAUGAGGAUAAGAUUGGAGAAGAUAAGCUUUCUGGAGACAGAAUAAAGCAAGUCAUGGAACACAUCUGGAAACUUCAGGAGUUCUGUAACAGCAUGGCCAAGCUUGAUAUUGAUGGAUAUGAAUAUGCAUACCUUAAAGCUAUAGUCCUCUUUAGCCCUGAUCACCCUGGUCUGACCAGUUCAACCCAAAUAGAAAAAUUCCAGGAGAAGGCACAGAUGGAAUUGCAGGACUAUGUACAAAAAACCUAUCCAGAAGAUACUUAUAGGCUAGCCCGGAUUCUAGUUCGCCUGCCAGCACUUAGGCUGAUGAGCUCUAGCAUUACUGAGGAACUAUUUUUUACUGGUCUCAUUGGAAAUGUUCCAAUUGACAGCAUAAUCCCCUACAUUCUCAAAAUGGAAACAGCAGAAUAUAAUGGUCAAAUAACUGGCACAUCUGCAUAGUGGGAACAGUACAAUUUGAUGGAUCAAAGUAAUUUUCACAAAAACAUACAAUUAAGAGAGAAAAGUUAAAAGAAUAACAGUUUGGUAUGUACAGAUGUUUCCAACUUGUUACUUAGUUUCCUAUCAGAUUUCUUCUCAUCUGUCUGCUGACUUUGACAAAAUUUAAGCAGCUUUUAACUGACCUGCUCUUAGGACCUUUUCUGCCACAAGGAAUGUUUUUUAUGCCUUUCAUUCAAAAGGCUAUAGAUUACUGAACAUACUUUUAACAUGCUUUGUAUUUAGAAAU